AUGCCGCAUAUCGACUAUCUUUUGCACGAGUCUGCCACUGGCUAUGCUCUCUUCAAAGUCGUACACCAAAGCGAUGAAAUCGGCUUGAAGUUGGACGAGGUCAAGAAGGCCGCCGAAGACCUUGCCAAGAUUGGUAAAAUGAUCCAGUUGACGUCGUAUGCUGUGUGGAGAUCAGCCGCCGAGGCCCUCGAGAACAUCCACUCCGUUAGCGAGGGUUUGAUGACCGACUACCUCAAAUCUACCAUCGCCCUCAACAUCCCCUCAUCCAAGAAGUCCAAGAUUGUACUUGGUGUCGCCGACCGAGCGCUUGCUGGAAACAUCAAGGCAGCAUUCCCUGGCAUCGAGGCCGAGACCCCCGAUACGUCCGAGGCUGUCGCCUACCUGCUCCGUGGUAUUCGCCUCCAUUCGACUGCGCUUUUCAAGGAACUGAGAGAAGGUGAUGAGGAAAAGGCUCAAUUGGGUCUUGGUCAUGCUUACUCGCGUAGUAAAGUCAAGUUCAACGUCCACAGAAACGACAACCACAUUAUCCGAGCUAUUGCUACCUUGGAUAACAUCGACAAGGGUAUCAAUCUUUUCUCCCAGAAGCUACGCGAAUGGUACAGCUGGCAUUUCCCAGAACUGUACCCUAUCUGCUCCGACAAUCUCACAUUCGCCAAGGUUGCGCGCUAUGUCGGGGAUAAGAGCACCUUAAAUGAUGAGAAGCUUCACGAACUCGCUGGACUCGUAGGCGAUGAUGAGGAAAAGGCCAGUGAAAUCAUUCUAAAGGCGAAAAUGUCUAUGGGAAGGGAACUUUCUGAGGUCGAUCUUGCCAACGUCAUCACUUUCGCCGAAAAGGUCCAGAGCUUGGCAGAAUACCGUCGCGGGCUCUACUCCUAUCUGACUGACAAGAUGAGCGAAGUUGCUCCUAAUCUAUCCACUUUGAUCGGUGACGUGGUUGCGGCGAGAUUGAUUCAAAAGAGUGGUUCAAUGACAAACCUGGCUAAAUACCCUGCAUCGACCCUACAAAUUCUGGGUGCAGAAAAAGCGUUGUUCAGGGCUCUUAAGACCAAGAGCAACACCCCUAAAUAUGGUCUCAUCUACUCGUCCAGUUUUAUUGGAAGAGCUGCACAAAAGGAUAAGGGAAGAAUAAGCAGAUACUUGGCCAACAAGGCCUCAAUUGCUGCCCGUAUUGAUACCUUCUCUGAGCAACCUUCAAAGAAGUUCGGUGAGGCUCUGCGUCGCCAGGUUGAAGAUAGACUAGAAUUCUAUGCUUCGGGCAAGAAGCCUACCAAGAACUCUGAUGCUAUGGAUCAAGCUGUUGCCGAUCUAUUAGCUGAGGGCGAGAGUAUGGCUAUUGAUACUGAGAUGAUCGAUGCCCCACUCCCUUCCAAUACUGAAGGAUCAUCAAAGAAGGAAAAGAAGUCCAAGGACAAGAAGGAGAAGAAGGAUAAGGAGGAAAAGAAGGAAAAGGAAGAGAAGAAAGAAAAGAAGGAGAAGAAACGCAGACACAGCGAAGUCAAGGAAACAGUAGAUGCGGAUGCCGAGGUCGAUGGCGAAAAGAAGAAGAAAAAGAAGAAGAGGCACUCUGAGGCGUAA